AGCAAGGAAGAUUGGCUGAGUUUCAUGGAAAGAACCUGGAUGAAAUCAGAAUUGACCCUGAUGAAAAACUUCUGGACUCGGGAGACAACGUGGACAUGACAGUACAGGAAGGAAACUCAUCUUUUGAUGAUCCACUUGUCGAGGAGACACUUCCUUCACCAGAUGCAAACGAAAUGGUGCCACCACCAUCUAAGAAACGUAAACCACCGCCAUCAGAUCAGGAGAUAUCAUCAGAAGUCAAUGCUCCAAAGACUUCUUCCAAAGCCAAAG